AAACAUAAUGGUCAGCCACCAGGAAGGCACGGGGAGAUAACGCAGAGACUGUGAGGAGAUAGCGCGCUGACGACGACAGAGAAAAGUAUACACCGGCUGGCAAACACCUGAAGCGUAAGCAAGGCUUUGGAAUUGAAUUGCUUGGACCUAAGUCGAACUUGUUAGAAAGUGGCAGUUAAAAAAACCAAAAAAAAACCCCGGACAACGAAGCAUAAUAGACGACGAAUACCAAGCGUGAGUCACCGCAUGUCCAGCGUGACCUUUGAGCGUAGCUACAAUAUCGCAUAGAGCAACCGGGCGGCUGAUACCGAACGUUUGCCCACGACACAUGCAGGAAGGCACGUCGGCUUAUCGGAACAGGCCUCUCAAACGCAGUGGCUUGCUUUCACACGGUCAAGGGAAAGAUGGCUGGCGUCAAAGCAAGCUUCGAUGACCAGAACUCAAGUGGUCCUGAGGAAUCUUUGAGCAGCUACUAUGUGAAAGUGACGCUGAAGGAUGGCCAGCACGUUACGUGCAAGUUACACGCAGAAAACGCCGGGAACCUUCCCCGCUGCAUCAACUGCUACUUUUUCAUUACGUCGUGGGUCAGACUCGUAUGCCGUCACAACCUGUGCAUUGAAUGUUUCAAGAACUCCAUGACGUUCGUUUGUCCUGCAGAUUCAACACAGAUUUUUAAAUCCCAGGCAUCGACAGGAAGUUGCACGUAUGGGGGUACAUGGAAAGACGUCCUCAUCGAAUGCGCAUUAUGCGGAGCGCUGAAGGAUCCCAACUCUAUCGCGAGCCACAUUGAAAAGGAACACCCCGUUACUCAGCAAAAAUCCCGCACCGCGCGGGAACUUGUGCAGGAGCCAACUGAAAUCUGGGGCAACAACGAGCCCCGAAACUUCAUCCCCAACGGUUAUGAGGGCCGAGAUCCAGAGUGCUCGAACACGGGACCAAGCAAGCUUCACGAAGGUGUCACAGAUACUAAAACGGACAAUUCAGACACCCGCUGCAAAGACGAGCGCCAAAACUGCAAUUUCACCGGUUAUGUUGGUAGAGGUCAGGAAUUCCAGAAGAAAGAACAAAGCGACCUUCCUCCAACUGCCAUUGAAUCUGAAGAGAAGCAUAAGGAAGCCCUAAGCAAGUACUUCACUGAGUGCACAAUCUGCAAAAUAAAUAUAUAUUCAAAAGAUUUUAUAAGACACGAACAACUAUGCCAAGAUCAAAGUCGCAACGAACCUGAAGCAUCGCCCGGAGUCAAGCAAGGAGAUGAGAGUGCUGAAAAGCAAGAUCUGGACGAUGAAGUUCGGGAGCUCAAGCACAAAAUAAACGUUCUGAAAGACAGACUUGACAACAUAGAAGAACCUCUACUGAUAACACUCGGACGACUUUACGAAAACCACGUUAACGCAUUUUAGCCGGUUCACUACUUUCGGUGUGACUGGCUUAAUCCUAAACUUCUGAUACUUUAUCGCUGCAAUAUUUUGUUUAGAAAUUGACUAUUUCAUGAGAGAAGGAAUAAGAAAAUUUUGAUUGUGGAUUGUCAAUAUAUUCUGAAUUUUACAGGCCUGCGUCGUAACACUGUCAUCAAAUAACAACACAGUCAAUCUCGCGCGUGGUACUUUAGAGGGACUUUUGGCGAGUCGUCUUACGUUUGCCGUUUCAGUGGCUAAAAGGCGAGUGACUCAGUACACUAAAGCAACCUACCUUUUGUGCUGAUUUAUAUAGUGUGCUCUCCAGUUGCUGUACCCAUUUGGCCGCAAUAAACAGUAAUACUGAGGUGGCUGGCCAUUGUAA